UCCAAAUAGACGACGCUAGGCACAAACUGCAUAUUUCUGUACACAAAAACUUGAAAAUCGACGCGGCGCAGCCUUGAUCGUGCUGCCGUAAAUCAUCUGGAUGAGACCUACGAGUUCAACGGUUAAAGCUUGCGGCGCAUCGACAGAUGGGGUCCGCGCGACUGGAUGGAGAGGCUUUCGGCCGGCGCUCAUUGGAAUAUGACUAUCUACAACUACGAGAUGAGAAUGUGCACCUCAAGAAACACGCCAGAGAGCAAGAGGAAAAGGCUAAAAAGUUGGCCACUCGGCUGUCAAGAGUUAUUAAUGAAAAGAUCAAACAAGGUGCCACAACCAGUGAGCUGGGCCCCCGGCGUCAGAUGGUAGAAAUGGAGGGGAAAGUAGAAGACCUGGACAACAAGGUUAGGAUUCUUGAGAAACAAAAUAUGCAGCUAAAGGGCAAGCUGCAAGUCAGCAGGCAGCUUAUCGCUACAGCUACACAAUUUCAAGGUCCUUAUUCCAGGGUUCAGCCACGGGUCAACUCUGGUUUGCGCCGUCCCAUUCAAAAGCCUCGUCCAUUUGGAAAUGAGUCUUCAGCGACUGGUGUUUCCUUGCAGAAAAAGAUGGGAGCUUCUGAUUUAGUACAUGCACCUCCAUAUGUGGUCAGCCUCAUCAAGGAAGCAAAAGAGGAAAUUGAGAAACUGGAAGCAGUCGUGGAAUCUCAGCGCUUGCAGUUGGCUGAAGUGGCAGAGCAGGCACGCUUUAGGGAAGCAGAACUUCAAACUGAGUUGUCUGAGAUGAAGGAACAGGUAAAUCAGGGUCAAGUUCGCUACAUUCAGGGAAAUGUGGAUAUCUUAAGUCUGCGACGAGAUGCAGAACACUAUGCCCUUCGAGAAUCAACUUUCAAGUCUGAGCUUGAAGCUCUAGACAAGAAAAUGGAGAGAGUGAGUGCUCACAACAACAGCUUGUUGGGAGAGGUAGAUCAACUGACAUCCCAACUGAGAACAGAGCAAGCAAACAAUCUUCAGCUUGAAGAGAAAUUGAGUGCUUGCGAGGCUAUGCAAAAGACGAUUGCAGAGCUUGAACAAAGGCUUGCUGAUCUUCAACAAGAGAAUGAAAUAUUGAAAACUGCUAAUGAACAGCUUCUCAACAGCCUUGAAGGGAGUGAUGCGGAUGAAAAUAAGUCGCACGAAGAGGCUGGUGCCCUCAAGUUGCAGAUUACACAGCUAGAAGCAAUUAUCAAGUCUGACAAUGAUGAAAAAGCAGUGCUCGAAAAAGAGCUAGCAGAAAGAAUUGAGCUGUACCGGAGUCUCCAGGAAGAACAUGGAAAUCUUGAGAAGGCUCAUGCAGAGGUAACAGCCAGGCUAGAAAAUGUUGAGAAGGACUUGCAGGACCUUCAGAAGGAGACACAUAGCAAAAGUUUGUCAACGGACAGAAUCAUCCAGCCUGAAAGUUCAGAAAAUGAUCUUAGGGCAUUGCUAAUAAAUGGCUUUAGACCCUCUGGCCCCGCAAAUACCAAGCAGUGUUUUGACAAAGGAGUGCAAGCUACACUUCUGGAAAAUGGCUAUGAGGAAAUGACAAAAUUGAAGGAAGAACAGCAACUGCUCAUAGAAAAAGAACGGCUUCGUAUUGAAGAGCUGCAAAGUUUGCUGACAGAGAAAUCUAAAAAGAUUGAGGUUUUAGAAAAGAAUUUGGCCCGCAUUCCAACCAAGCAAGUCCAAGUUACCGAUGUUUGUGCGCCAAAUGAAGCAGAUGAUGAGCACUGCCUUAGUUUGGUAAGAAAAGGACAAAGUUUUUUGGAGAUACAUCUAAACAAGAUAACAUUUGUGGCAUUGCAAGAUGCAUUUGAAGGCAGUGCUCCUCCACCUGUGUUUGCAACAUGGACAUUUGCCGACUUUCAAUCACAAUCAACGCCUGUUGCUACUGGAAAAUGCCCAGAAUUCAACUGCACUGCUCGCUAUGCUGUUGCUGUGGAUCCAAUCUUUAUAGAUUACCUUCACAAGGACUCUGUCCAGAUUGAAGUUCAAGCUGUGCACGGUACUGACAUCCACAGCUUGGGCACCUGCCAGAUUGCUUUGAGGCCUGCACUGCAACAUCCGUUCAAGUGCAACUAUGCUCAAGCAGCACUCGUUGGGGUCCAAGAUGAGCAGCACAAGCGCUUUGUUGGAACUUUGAGCUAUUGGGUUCGCUUUUUACCUGCUGCGGAUCCAGCCAGAAGACUGUUGGGUCUUUCAGUGCCAAUGUCCCCACCAAAAGAGUUGCCUCAUUCUGGACAUCAAAGCAGAAAGCAGAAUGGAGAGACAGCCAAUGCUAUGUACAAUGAACUUAAGGUCAACAUCAUUCGCUGCAUGGGGAUCUCAUCAAAACAAGGACACCUGCGGAGGAGCUUAUAUUGCUGUUAUCAACUGUGUGACUUUCCCGAGAAACAGACUGGGCUUUCUACUCCUGUCGCCAACAGUGUUGAUUUUCAUCAUAUUUGCACAUUUGCUAUCAAAACGGACAGCCAACUUCACAAACAGCUCCUUUCACAGAGCUUGGUACUAUUAUUGUUUGAAGAAGAUACUGAGCCCGGUUCUCUUCUUGGAAAAGCGUCUGUGCCCUUGUCUCCACUGGCAAGGGGACAGGCGGUGCAAGGGUCUUUUCUAUUAUUCAGUCCCUGGGGUGAAGAUGCCGGCUCAGUGGAAUUAGAAAUUACUUGGGAGCAUGAAUACAAUCCUCCAAGAAAGCCCGUACCUAGAGCAAGAUCGAGAAAUGAACUAGGUGUUCAUAAAUCAAAAAGAAUGCCAUCAGCUCAGCAUCGAGCUUCUGCAUCAUGGCUGUUACAAACUACCAGAGAUAUGACAAAGGACCAGCAAAAUGCUUUGAGGCCACAAGAACCAGUUAUCAAUAAACGCAAAAAUAUUUUGCAGAGCUCACACUCACGAAAAGGAAGUAGAGAGAGAGGUGAACAUGCCGAGAGCAGCUCUCUGACAUCCGUGUCCAGUCUGUCACCUGCAAGUGGAAGUAAUAGUACCCCAGCAGGUGUAAAAGCCAACAAAGUUCAGAGACAAGAAGAUGGCCGCAGUGCUUCUGGUGUGAACAACAACCUUGCAGAAGAGAGUCAGAGUCUUGAAGAGUUCAGUAAUGGACAAGUAGUAGUUGUCAAAACAGCUGCAUUGAAGAGGAGUGACACAUUUAAGAUUUCAGAUGCUGCAGUUUUCUCAGUGAUUAACUUGGGAUUUUUGCCUGGUGCUGCAGUAUUGAAAAAUAAGUCAGUCGAGAUGCUUUUUGUUGAGUUCCAAUUUCUCAACUGCUCCCCAGAAGAACUUGAAACACCAGUUGCCCUGCCAAAGCCAAAACCUCCGCAACGAAUUGCCUUCAACUUUAGAAAGGUUGUUCAUCUUGAUGCCAACCGCCAUCAGGAGAGGAGGGAAGCCCUGGCUUCAAUGAUGUCAUCUAAAAACCCUAACAGUGCCAUCAUAAAAUUCACAGUGGUGAGUGAACCUAUAGGCAAGAACAAAGAUGCCGAGUGCCAAGAUGUUGGUAUUGCCAUAGUUGAUUUGAAACAGAUUGUAAAGUAUGGCAAGGACAUUAUAGAAGAAGAUGUUGAUGUUCUUGACACAAGGAACAACAAAGUCAUCGGAAAACUGAAUGUUUCUAUCGAAAUACUUGCGGCACUGAAGCGCAUCCUGGCUGAGAGCAAGCAUACUUCUCAUAUGUCUUCAUAGUUUAGCCAAAGAUUAAAAUCUUAUUGCUCCUCACCACAGCAAUCUAUAUGAACGACCCCAUAGAGAAAGACAUUUCUUGUCUUGAUGUGUUCCGGCCAAGCUCACAGGUAGAGCAAGCUUGUAAAUUUUGAUUUGAAAAAAGCACGAGGCAACAGCAAUAUUAGCAAAGCCAACAUAAAAGAGAAUUAUCACACUGGAAGUGUGCAGUUCACCUUAUCCAUGCAUUUCCACUACAUCGUAAAUAACUGAAGUAGGCUUGUGCCAUGUGGCUUGUCUCAUUUACUGCCUUAGACUCAAACUUGAAAGUGUGAAACAGUUAAUUGUUGGGUAGAGUUCGUGUCAAGCAUUCAUCUGUCAGCACCAACUUCUUUGCAGUGAACAGUUGCAGUGUGCUUGACAAAGCAUGUGCACGUUUUGUAAAAUGCAGAUGCACUUUACAUGAAUGUACAAAUGUACUAAUGCAUGUUAAGGGCAUGCUAAUAAAACCCAUAAUUAGUUGUGUAUAA